UUCUUGAAACAGAUCGGGAGCGGAGUUGGCCUUUUCCUUCGACUCAGCAGGAAGCUACCCAGUCCUCCAACAACCGAAACUACAACAACUGAAAAUCAAAACAAAAUUUCAUUGCCGAAAAUGAUUUCAGUCAAUUUGACAAAUGCAACUUUUGCUUACCGCAAGACCCAGGCCGUCUGGGGCUUUCCGGAAGGAGCAUCAAUCAUUGACACAGUUUCGGAGGACAUGUUGGAAAUGAUCCAUCCUCACUGGAAGAAAUUCCCUCCAGUCAAUCCAAUGUGGCACUAUCUGCUGGGAUGCGUUUACUUCUUUUUGGGAAUCACCUCCAUCACAGGCAACUCUCUGGUCCUUCAUCUUUUCUCGAAAACAAAAGAUCUGAAAUCACCAGCCAACUUGCUUGUCGUCAACUUGGCCGUCUCCGAUUUGGGCAUGAUGAUCACGCAGUUCCCCAUGUUUUUCUUCAACUGCUUUAGCGGAGGUGUCUGGAUCUUUGGCCCUUUCAUGUGUGAACUCUACGCCUGCACCGGAUCCAUCUUCGGUCUCUGCAGCAUCUGCACCAUGGCCGUCGUUAGCUACGAUCGCUACAACGUAAUCGUCAAUGGGAUGAAUGGAACACCUAUGUCAUAUGGAAGAGCCACUUCCCUAAUUUUAUUUUGCUGGGUCUACGCAAUUGGCUGGAGCCUUACUCCCUUCUUUGGCUGGGGCAAAUAUAUUCCGGAAGGCAUUUUGGAUUCAUGCUCCUUUGAUUACCUUACCCGUGAUACCACGACUAUUUCCUAUACCUGCUGCUUGUUUGUCUUCGACUACUGCGUCCCACUCAUGGUCAUCAUCUUCUGUUAUUACCACAUUGUGGGCGCAAUCUAUAAACACGAGGAAGCUUUGCGUGAGCAGGCCAAGAAGAUGAACGUCACUUCUCUUCGUUCGAAUUCCGACCAGAAUGCCCAGAGUGCCGAGAUCCGUGUCGCCAAAAUCGCCAUGAUGAACAUCACUUUGUGGGUAGCUGCUUGGACACCUUAUGCAGCGAUCUGUUUGCAAGGAGCGGUCGGAAAUCAGGAUAAGAUCACGCCUUUGGUCACCAUUUUACCAGCUCUAAUUGCCAAGAGCGCUUCGAUCUUCAAUCCUAUUGUCUACGCCAUUUCGCAUCCGAAAUAUCGUCUGGCUUUGCAAAAAGAGAUGCCGUGGUUCUGCAUAAACGAAAAAGCUCCAUCUGGAGGAGACAAUCAAUCCAAUUCCUCUGUUGUCACUUCAACAACUCAGUAGUAGCUGUAUUAGUAAAGGAUUCGAUCUGAUACAUUCUGACCCAUUCUGACGGACUGACACUCAAUAAGCACCAUGAAACGAAUAUCUGAUUCAAGUAUAAAUACUUUUCGUACCCAGCAGUAAUAGGAGUAAGAGUUAUAUAGUUUGUUGGACAAAUUUCCGAAAUUUCUGUUUUCAAUUGACCAACACUAUGGUAAAAAUGACUAUACCUCAAAGCAUUUUACAUUUCCUAAUUAACAGUUUAAUCAGAAACUACCGGUCGGUACUUCACUCAGCAGUAAUCAAAAGGGCUUAAGAUUGCCUCAAUAUGCUUUGUUUGGAUUCCCUCAUGUGAAAAUUUGCUCUCUAUAAUGUGCAUUGAUGUCUUAUAUUAGAAAAGAAUCCAUCUCUCCUUUACCGUACGUCUGGUUAAAUAGUGAUUGGUCCAUGUCACGAAUUUACAUACUCAUUAAUUAUCCUGUUACUAUUGUACGUUAUAUAUUAUGGUCAUAUAAUACACUACCCAAGCAUCUA